UCUCUCUCUCUCCCUCAAUUUUUUUACUCUUUAAGUUUCUCUGAAUCUUAUUAUUUUAUGCUGUAUAUGGAUGGUUAUAGAGAAAGUGAAAGUCGAACGAGAUCAGAAACGUCUGGGUUAGCUGGUCACGAGUCAGUCGAGUUGGCUCAACAGGAUUCACCGAUGAUAGAAUCCAUGUCUUCAGAAUGGACAGAUGAGAAGCACAAUCUUUAUCUUAAAUCCAUGGAGGCUUCAUUUGUUAAUCAAUUAAACAACUCGAUAGGUCUUCUUGGUUGGCGUUCCCGGAAGGGGAGGUCAGUUCCAAACUUGUCUGGGGAAGUCAAUUGUAGCACCUGUAGACCUUCUGGCCAGUUUAAGGUUCAUCAACGUGGCGGCUGGCAGAAAAUCAAUUUUCGAAGACCUGAAUCUCAACUAAGCUCAGCGAAGGACUCCCGUGGGUUUUUAACAAGCCCAUGGAUUCAACAGUUUACGCCUGCAAGAAAACCAGAUGGUGCAACAUCUCCUGCUCAUCAAGAAGGUGCGAUCCAAAGUCGAGGAAUCAAUUUAAAUUGGAAGAAAGCAGUGCUCUGCUGUCCAGCAACUAAUUCAAAACUUUCUCAUUUUGGCAACUCUUGUCAUCAUGAUUUCGUUGAAAGCAACACAGAGAUGUCAGGCCAGAACUUUGUCGACGAAGACAUCGAAGGUGAAAGGGCAAGCAGUUCUUUCAGCUCAAAAAGGUUGAAAUCUCUGAAAACUGAUACUUCGAGUAGUGACCAGGUUGUUCCCCACGGGAAGACUCCUGUGGAAGAAGACGUUACUGAGUGUAUUUCUGCAGCUAAAUAAAGGACUUGCAAUACUGAUCUGAAAGUCGAUGGCUUGUGUGACUAAUUUUCUAACCCUUGGAGUGCUGGACAAGCUCUUUUUUUUUUCCUUUUCUUUUGAACUGGGGGGGGGAGGGAAUGCGUCGAGGCAUUUCUUAACAUGGUUACAGCAACGAAUAGCUAGCAUUAUUUGAUGCCUACAAAGACAGGGAGGAGGUGGGGGGAUGCUCUGUUACGGAGGGCUACUAAUCCUUUAUCUGCUUGUAAUCUUUUAUAUGGUUGCGGCAACUGUAUGUGUUGCAUGUCGGUUGCUUCAUAUGUUGACAUAAGUCAACAGAUUUUGUAGUACAAUUAAGGUUUGUGUAAGCUAUGAUGAUAGUUAUUGAAGCACUGCUAUCCAGUAGGUAUUGAGUUUGGGUAACUAAGAACGUUAUCUCAUUAGAAAAGAUUUCUCUCCA